CGCCCGCCACCGCUGCCCCAGCCACUGCAUCUCCGCCCUCAUCCAGCUCAACCAUACCAAGGGGGGGGCCGGCCCUGGAGGACUGUGACUGCGCCAUGGACGAGCUCUGCAAAGCCACCAAGCGGGCCAUCGAGCCGUGCAUGCCCUGGACCAGCGGAGGACGGGCCGGGGGCGGGGCCUCGGCGGCAGGAGGCGGGGCCGUCAUGGGCUGCAUGGAAGCCCGCAAGCUGUGCGAAGGGGACCGGCGCUGCCACGCCUCCCCUCACCCGCUACCUGAGCAAGUGCGGCCGGCUCUUCAACGGGGUACGCUGUACGGACGAGUGCCGGGGGGUCAUCGAGGACAUGAUGCAGGUACCCAAGGCUCUGCUGCUCAAUGACUGCGUGUGUGACGGCCUGGAGAGGCCCAUCUGUGAGUCCAUCAAGGAGAACAUGGCCCGCCUGUGCUUUGGGGCCGAGCUGGGCAAUGGGGGGCCAGGCAGCAGCGGCAACUCGGACUACGACUACGAGGAUGAGUACGAUGAGGAGGGUGGUCCGGACAGGGGGACGGGUCCCACGAAGAGGAGACGCACCGUGUCAUCGCCGGAGACAGCAACCGGGGAUCAGCCACGUCCUACGUUUCCGUGGUCACCUUGGGGACGUCUGUAG